AUGGCAUCUUUCAUCUUUUCUAAAUUAACAUCCCCUAGUAAGCCCAUUACACCUAGUAAAUCUAGAAUUGAGAUUGAAGAAGAAAAUGAUAGUGAUGCUAAAAAGACCCCAAUAGUGAAUGUUGAUGAUGUUGAUGAUAGUGAUGAUGAUGUUGAGGAGGUUGUGGAGGAGGUUGGGGAUGAUGAUGUUGAGGAGGUUGGGGGUGAAUGUUUUGAUGAUUUUUGUGAGAAACAAAAUUCAAAAGAUGAUGAUUUGAAUGAGAGUUGUCCUUGUGUUGGUCAAUUAUUCGAUAGCUUAGAUGAAGCGGAGAUGUUUUAUAGGGAUUAUGGUAGACGUGUUGGUUUUGAGAUAAUAAUUAGAACCACACAUAGGCGUGUGAAAAGUAAGAGAAUUUGUUCGCGUUUGUAUAUAUGUCGGAAGGGUGGGCGAAUAGUAACAAAGUCGUUGGAUGAAGAAAAGGAUGUUCACAAAAAAAAGAGAAAUAGGGAUUCUAUUGGUAGAACGCAUUGCUUGGCGCGGAUGUACGUUGUGCAUAGGGAGAAAUUGAAUAAAUGGGAAGUGACAUCGGUUUAUUUAAAACACAAUCACACGAUGAUUUCAAAGGAUGAAGUGCUUUUCAUGCAACGGCCAAGGAAUAUAACUCCCGUUAUUCGGCAAUUGAUUAUAACAUUGAAUAAAUCGGGUAUUGGGCCUUCAAAAACUUUAAACGUGUUAGGGGAGUUAACGGGUGGCUUGGAGAAUAUUGGAUUUGGUAAUCAAGAUGUUCGGAAUGUAUUGCGUGAUAUUCGACAUUAUGUGUUUGAUUCGAGUGAUGCUUUAGAGGGUUUGGCAUUACUUCGAGAAUUGAAACGUAAUAGUCAAGGUGAAUUUUUGUAUAAAGUUGACGUGGACGAGGAAAAUCGUGUGCGGGCCAUGAUGUGGGUUGACCCGAGAUCAGUCAAUGCCUACAAAAAUUUCGGAGAUGUUGUUGUUUUUGACUCCACAUAUCGUACUAAUAGGUAUUGCAUGCCGUUCGUGCCAUUUACGGGGGUAAAUCACCAUUAUCAGUCGAUUUUGUUCGGAUUUGCCCUGAUAAGGGAUGAGACCGAAGAAUCUUACUUAUGGGUGUUUAAGAGUUGGUUGGAGGCUAUGGGGAAUGUGGCUCCACAAACGAUCAUCACCGAUCAAGACAUUGCUAUUGGAAAUGCUAUUGCCGAAGUUUUGCCUAACACAAGUCAUCUAUAUUGUACGUGGCAUAUAAGUACAAAAUUUGGUGAAAAAUUGUCGCAUUUAUAUGCAAAUCAUGAUCACUUCAAAGAAGAUUUCAACUCUUGCAUCUACAAGUCACUAACGGUUGCACAAUUCGAAGAUAGGUGGGAGGCAUUAGUUGAAAAAUACGAUUUGAUGAACCAUUCUUGGUUACAAGAUAUGUACUCCGUUCGACACAAGUGGGUCCGUGUUUACACUAAACUGCACUUCACAACCGGGAUGACCACUACCUCCAGAAGUGAGUCAAUGAAUUCUUUCUUCGAUGAAUUUGUCAAUGCUAGUACCGGUUUGAAGGAGUUUAUAGAGAAUUCACAGAAAGCGUUGGAGAAACAAUAUUUACGUGAAAGAGAGGCUGAUUACGAAACAAAGAACAAGGAAAGAUCCAAAAUAACAUCAUCAUCAUUGGAGAGUCAUGCGGCAUCUCUUUACACAAAAGAAAUGUUUAGACGUUUUCAACACGAACUCAAAGAAAGUGGAGCUUAUGUCGUGAUUGAGAGAGAGAGGAAUCCAAUUUACAAGCAUUACGAGGCAUACAAAACAACGGUCCAAGAGGAGUAUAGAAAACACUAUGCUUUGUUCGUCACCGAGAAUGGCAACAUAAAUUGUGUUUGUCGAAAAUUUGAAAGUUCGGGAAUGCUUUGCCGUCAUAUUAUUCGAUACUUGUAUAAGAUGCAAUGGUCAGAGAUUCCAAAGCAGUGCAUCACUUUGAGAUGGACAAUUGAAGGCAAUAAAAGAGUUGGAGCCUUACAACACAAGCGUCCUAAAAUUGGUAAUUUCCUUGAAUCACAACCCGCCCGAUACAGUACUUUAUGCAAAGCAUUUCAAGAUUUAGCAGCUCGCGGAAGUUGUUCAAUAGCGAGAUACAAUUAUCUCAUGAGUGUGAUUGAAAAAGAAUCGAAUUUUAUUGAAAAUUUUCCGAAUGAAAGUGGGGGAAAACGUGCGCGUGAGGAAGAAGAUGAUGCACAUGAGUUCGGGGAUGACGAUGAUGACGAAAAUUUCAAUGAUUUGAGAAAUCCUAUAUUAUCUCAAACCAAAGGUCGUAAAAAAGAAAGGGUGAAAAGUGGCAUAGAGCGCGGCAAAGCGAAAAAAGGUCGAAAAUAUCUACCAAAAAAAUUUUGGUUCGGUGAUGAGCACGAAGAAGAUGAGCACGAAGAAGAGGUAAAGCGGCUUUUUGCCGAGAUGGAUGUUUGUUUGAAAGAAUUCGAGGAGGAGGAGGAGAAGGAGGCCGAGGUGGAGGAGGAGGAGGAGGAGGAGGGGCAUACUCGGGAAGAGCUCGUGGCGAUUUUCGAAAAUUAUAUCAAAGAGUUGCAGGAGUUGGACGAGGAAGAGGACGAGGAGGAGAAGAAGAAAAUGUAA